AUGUCCAGCUGCCAGCCCUGCCACCCUUGCUACCAGCCCUGCAACCCCUGCAGCCAGCCCUGCGGCCCCACCCCGCUGGCCAACAGCUGCAAUGAGCCCUGUGUCAGGCAGUGCCAGAGCUCCACCAUCAUCAUCGAGCCCUCCCCUGUGGUGGUGACCCUGCCUGGGCCCAUCCUCAGCUCCUUCCCACAGAACACCGUGGUGGGAUCCUCCACCUCUGCUGCUGUUGGCAGCAUCCUCAGCUGUGAUGGAGUGCCCAUCAACUCUGGGGGCUUUGAUCUCUCCUGCAUCACCAGGCACCACCACAACAGGGUCUGCUAA